UAUGCAUACAAGUAACUUAAUUGUGAUGAUUGUUAACAGGCCUGCACUUCUGUAGGUUUAGAUUUCAGGACAUGAAGAACCAAAAAAUUAUUCAGACUCAUGUCAAAUAAUCAACAUUAUAAUCUGGAUAUCUCCAUGUUUGCAGAACUGGCUCCUAUUUUUGACAGUGUUAAUAAGAUUUGCUGGAUAUUAACCUGUAUGAAAGGGUGGAAGUAAUAAGACAGCACUGUAUGACCUAUAUUACAUGCAAUCGCUGGUGACUGGAGACCAAAACAUGUAUGAGUGCCUCCCUCAUGGUGACGAUGGUCCCAUAGCUCAACCUCCUGCACUCUGUAUGCGUGUGCGCAACAUGAGUUUGCAUACGCAGCUCCAAAUAUGACCUACUAUUCUAGAAGUGUGUUUCAACUGCAAUCUCUAGCUUCACUCAUAUCACUCUCUGCUCUCUGCUGUGACACAGUCAUGUAUGUGAGGUUUGCAGCGGGUUGCACACACGUUUCCUCUGCAGAAACAUGAUGAAAUGGCUCGUGUUGUUUUUGGUAGAAGUGGGAGGAGCAACAGCGUGAUCAUAACAGCAGAUCUACAGACGCUCUGCGCAGACCCUGUUGGAGGAUACAGUGUGCUCAGAUCAGCGGUGCGCCGCAUUUAGCUCCCCCCGUCCUCUCUAAGCGUUUUUCACCUUACUCGACCCCUCUGCUCGCUUGUCCUCUACAUGCUCCAAACCUCCCCACUAACCGGGCCGUCGACAUGGACGGAGUCGCUUCAUAGCCGCAGCAGGGUCGGUGGGGCUCUCAGGUUAUUCGCAUGGCCGGAGCAUGCUGCAAGUGUCCAGUCUCUCUGUCCGUGUUCAAGCGCUCUUUCUCGGUGGCGCCGCGGGGCAGCGGGUCCGCUCCUCGGUGCCUCCUGCCGGGCCGGAGGCUGGGGGAGCGGGGCCUUCAGGAGGCCGCCCGACCCUCCAGCGUCUUCAGACCUGCAGGCUUUUACCGACACACGACCUUCUUCUGUCUCUCCUGCCAGGAGGCCAUGACGGAGAGUCUGCGGACCUGCUAUCUGUACCUGAACCAGACCAGUAGGAGCUUUGCAGCUGUGAUCCAGGCGCUGGACGGGGAGCUGAGACAUGCCGUUUGUAUUUUCUACCUGGUGCUGCGAGCACUGGACACAGUGGAGGACGACAUGACCAUCCCUCUGGAUAAGAAGGUUCCCAUGCUGAACGACUUCCACACCUACCUGUACCAGGAUGAGUGGUGCUUCACAGAGAGCCAGGAGAAGGACCGACAGGUUCUGGCAGAUUUCCCCACGAUAUCACUGGAAUUCAGAAACCUGGCUCAGGAAUACAGAGACGUCAUCUCAGAUAUCUGCCACCGUAUGGGAGUCGGAAUGGCUGAAUUCCUGGAAAAGAAAGUGGGAUCCAUGAAGGAAUGGGACCUGUAUUGUCACUACGUGGCGGGGCUGGUGGGUAUCGGUCUGUCCCAGCUGUUCUCUGCGUCCCAGCUGGAGGACCCCGAGGUGGGGCGCGACACCGAGCUGGCCAACUCCAUGGGCCUGUUCCUCCAGAAGACCAACAUCAUCCGAGACUAUCUGGAGGACACGCAAGAGGGACGUGCCUUCUGGCCACAAGAGGCUUGGAGUCAGUUUGCCAAUCGGCUGGAGGACUUGGCUCAGCCUGAGAAGCUGGAGUCGGCUCUCUCCUGCCUCAAUAUGCUGGUCACUGAUGCUCUGCGACAUGUACCCGAUGUUAUCGCCUACCUGUCCCGCCUGCGCAACCAGAGCGUCUUCAAUUUCUGUGCCAUUCCACAGGUGAUGGCAAUAGCUACACUGUCGACGUGCUACAACAACCCCAUGGUGUUCCAGGGAGUGGUGAAGAUCAGGAAGGGACAGGCAGUCACACUCAUGAUGGAAGCCACCAACAUGACAGCUGUGCAGACCAUCAUCUCCCAGUACAGCCAGGAGAUUCUACAGAAGGUCUCCCUCACGGACCUGUCGCGGGACAAGACCCUGCACAUCCUAGCUGUGAUCCAAGAGAAGUCCGCCCUGUCACAGUCCAGCCUCCCCUCCAGGACCCCCCACCUGUCGCCCAUGUACCUGUCUGCCGCCAUGCUGCUCGCCGCUCUCAGCUGGCAGUACCUUAGCACCACCGCAGCACAGGCACAGGGCACUGGAGACAUGCAGGGACAGUGAACUCAUCCAUCCUCACCUUUUCCGGGGGGCCCACAGACUCAGAAAGCCCCUUUGCCCACUCUGGAGGUGUGGAUCUCCUCUGACUGGAGGAAUCUGAAGCCCUUCUUCCCUCUUUGCCCUCUUGAUUAUGGCCGUUACAGGACCAUGGACAUGUGUAGACUGUGGACGGUUUCUGGUAGCAGGCUGGUCUCUUUAGGUUGUGUGACAGUUAUUUUGAGUAGUCCAUCCUGCGUCUGGAUAAAUGAUUCCCACACAGUGUUGUGUGGUUAAUUCACCAGCAUAAAUGGCACAUUGACAAUUCAGGGUGUUUUGUUGUUUGAUGUAAUUUUAUUUGUUGUUUGAUUUGUUUAAAACAUUUUGACCCAUACUUCAAUACUUCAAUACUUCAAAUUACAAAUGUGAGUUUGUCUGGAACCUCUAAGUUUAUUUUCGAUAUCCAAGGAUAGACUUACCACCAAUCAGAGCAACAGAAUGACAAGCGCUGAGUGACGAACAAAUGUAAACAGACUACAGCAUGCAGAGAUGAGCGGGUGUUGCUGUUUGACGUGAUCGAGGCUUCUAACACAACGUCUCACAUUAGCAGCAGGCAUCUUGGUUGUUUUUGAAAAAGCCUCCAUAGUGCAGCUCUUUAUUAAUCUAGGUUUAUGCUCACUAUUGUGUCCCUGGCGCAAAGGUGCACAAGCCAAAAAUGAUGUUGUUGAAGGCUCUGCCAGUUGUAAAUCACUGACUCAAGACCAGAGACCAGACUGGAAUCACAACAGCACCUUUUGGGGGAAAGAAACGCGCUUUCACGUCAGAAGAGAAACAACAAAAUGCCAAAAGCUGUUGUGUAGCAGGUUAUAACUGAGGCUAAGAUCUGAGGCACAUGAGAUACGUGAAUCUUCACUGUCAGUGUCGAGAAUCUCUAAAUGAUGCUGGUGACAGUUAAACCUGAAGGACAGGGAAGUUAGUAGUUUUAUUUUCCACCUAAAGUGUGCUGAACUGGUGAAGUGCACAUGACAUGACACUGCCCAUUUCAGGAUUUUGGUGAACAUAGUCACCAAACUCUGUUAAGUUUUUCUUUUAAUUUUGUGUCAAAUCUUCAUAUUUUUCAUGUCAAAGCUGGCUUAAUAUUCCACUUGUUAUGUUUCCACAGGAGAAACACUCAAAUGAAAUUCAUCACAGUGCACUUUACAGCAAAUGCACUGCGUGUUAGCGUAGAUGACGUGGACAGCAUCCACUCACAGUAGAGCUUUAUUUCACCUUUAUGUCUGUGUUCUGUUUCUGUUGUUUUGAAAUAGCUGGAAAAAAAGGAAAAAAAAAAAAUCCAAGGUAGUUUUGACAUGGACUGUUUAAAAUGAACGAGGGAGAACAAAUGUAAUUUCUGCUACAUUUGAUACAUAAAAAGAUGCACACUGAGAAUGCUAGCUAAAGUGUCCUUAACACAGCUUUGGUGAGUAGAAAGGCUAGCACACAGUAACCUUGUACAGAACCAAAGGAGAGCUACAAACAUUGCUAUGUAAUGUGACAUUUUGAUUUGUACAUAUUUGAACAAAUAAAGAGGUUGAAAGAAUUUGAA